AUGCCAUUUGAAAUGGCAGCAACAUCUUCACAUGGAAAUGAAGAGCAUUUCAGUCGAAAUGAGGAUAUCUACAAAUGGCACCUUGCUUCAUCUGAAAGGUCCUAUCUUGAGGAGAGUGGAGAGAUGAAUGAUGAGCCACCUCUUGGAGAUGAUUCUGCAUGUGUAAGUCAAGGCAAGGCUCUCAGUGAAGAAAGGAAGUCAUUUGAAGAAAAUAUGAAUUGUGAUAGUGAGACUGGGGAGGAAAGUUUUCCAAUGUACUCUUCCUUCUCAGCGACUGAGGAGAUGCACUCUGACUUUGAGGAUGAGAGAAAACAUGUUGAAAAUGACCAGGCAGUUGUUGGAGUGUCACAAGUAGAGUUACAGGUGUCUCAGACAAUAGUAGAAGAUUUUGGACUAGAACUAGGGGUUUCGUUAGAUUCUUCAGAAUGCUCAGGAGGAACAGAGCUAAAGGCCUGUAAAACUUUUGUGAAAGCUCAAGGAAAAGACAGGGCAAAAACAUCUGAGAUAGGAAUGGAGGUAUCACUUGCAGACAGGGCUGAGUAUCCUCCAGCAGAAUCAGAAGCAACAGGAACUGGUGAGGCAGAAAUUGCUCAGAUGGAUGUGGAAACAUCUGAAACACAUUCAGGACCCCAUCAAAGCUGUCCUGUGAAAAUUACUGCAGGAAGUCGUGAUGCUGGUGAAGGCAGCACUCAGUGUGGUGGCCCUGCUGAUUUCCAUUAUGAAGAAAUUGCCAACUUGCCUUGCCCACCGAGCUGCCCAUCACCAAAAGAAUUUGCAAAAAUGUGCCCUAAUCACAGUGCAUUCCUGAAAAACAAGAAAUCCUGUAGAAGAGUUUCAUUUCCAUCAGAUUCUGAGUUGGUAACUAAAUAUGUAGAACCACUGAAUCCAUGGCAAGGUGCUGUCAGGAGUACAGGGUCAGAAGCUUCAGAACGCUAUUGCCAAGCAUGUGCUCAACAAGGUGCAAAGCCAAUUUCCAAGUUGGCAAGUCAACUGAAACUGGAAGUUCACGAUUCCGACGAGAGUAGAAUAGAGAAGCUUGAUCUGAGUGGUGAGGUCCUUGAUUUCAAACAGUGUGAAGCCCUUGAAGAAAUUUUUCGACGGCUACAGUUUAACCGAAUCGAUUUGGAAUCUGCAUCACUUGAAGAAGAUGAAGCUGUUGCACUCUUUGACAUGCUGGAAUUCUAUGACUCAGCUAUAGAAGUUUCUGUGGGCUCCAGUAAGGACUUCGGUCCUCGUGGCUGGAAAUCCUGCGCCAAAUUUGUCAAAAAGAGUCCCUGCUUGGAAAGGCUAGAUCUACGAGGUUGCAGCUUUGCUGACAGCAACUUGCUAUUCCUCACAAAAGCGCUGCGAUAUGAAUGCACUCUCCGGAGCCUCCACAUGGAAGGCUGCCAUAUCAAGGGGAGGUCUCUUAUCAUCCUUGCAACCAGUCUGCAGAUGAACAAAAGCAUUCAAGAGCUGUACCUGGCAAACAAUGGUCUCAGCCCCACAGAUGCUGUUCAGCUAGGGAAUCUCCUGCGUGCUAAUAUCACUCUGCAACUCCUAGAUCUCAGGAACAACGAAUUGCAGGACCCAGGAGUGGGGCAUUUAUGUGAUGGACUCUGUAAGCAAGGUGACUCAAUUCUGCUGCAGAGUGACCCUUGUCAGCUAGGGCUGAGAGGACUCAACACACUUAUAUUAUGGAAUAAUCAUCUCACUUUUAACUCAGGCAAUCAUUUCCACAGAGCCCUGGAGCAUUGCAAGACACUGGAAACCCUAAAUGUUGGUCACAACCCUUUGACAAAUGAAGGUGUCUUACGCAUGAAGCAAGCACUCAUGCAGUCUCGAUGUCUUCGUCAGCUCGGACUUCAAGGGACCAAAGUGUCUUGUGAAGGUGCUGUUGCCAUUGCAGAAAUAAUAGCUGAGAACAAAAUACUUGAGAGGGUUGAUUUGAGAGACAACGGUCUGAAGGUGGCUGGGCUGAUUGCAUUGAAGCUUUCUCUCAACAUGAAUUAUACCCUCACCCAGCUGGAUCUGGAUGAGGAACCAAAAAAGGAACCAGUGAGUGAGAUGAAAGAAAAGUAUGUGGAAUGUGUAAAAGAAGUGAAGCAGUAUUGUGAGAGAAACAGAAGGCCAAAGCUGUUUCCUGUUCCUGAACAUUCUGAGGAAGAAGAAGGCAGCAAAGAGAAAGUUGAGGACCCAAGCCUUCUGAGUGAAGACAUUUCACCUGUGUUGAGCUCACAGCCGAUUCGACCCCCCUUCCUGCGUAAGAUAUCCCUCACCUGUGAUACGCUUAGCCCUCCUGCUGCCUCCUCUUCUGAUCUACCAACACAUACUGAAGAAGAAGAAAAUGAGAAGAGGAAGCUGGUCAGUCCUGAGCCCUCUCCAAUGUCCAGUCCCAUCAACUCGGCAAUCCCCUUCCGCACCGGUCGCUUCCAGGUCUUCAACGUGGCUGACAGCUCAAACUCACUGUUGAAAGUGACACAGAUUGAUGGGGUACCUCCACUCUUCCACAGCCUGUCAGAUACAGAUGUGACUCAGCUGAAGGUAGAAACUUUAUCAGAGGAAGUGAUCUCUACCCCUAUUGACUCUCAUCACCUCACUGUACCGACUCGCAUGAAUCGAUUCCGAGUGACACGAGUGACCGAGUCAGAUCUCCCAAAUUGCACUCCCCUUUCCUCAUCUGUCCCAACUCCAAAGAUGUCUCGGUUCCGCGUCUCCAGAGUUGAAGAGCCUCGUCCCUUGCCACAACCUGAGAAGGUGUCAAUUGGUUUUACCACUGAUGAGAAUAAAAGCAGGUCUGGCAUCAGGUUUGCAGGGGGUGAGGAUAUAGAGUACAAAAACUAUUCAUUCAGUGUCAAUGAAAAAGAAUUCAAGCUCACCACUACUUCUACGAAAGAAGAUGUGUUGAAGUAUUCCGCUGAUGUUGUUGUGCAGAAUGUCCCUCAGCCCUCCUCCACUGAUUCCUCACCCAUGAACUCAACCUUAAUGUCUGCUGGUGAAUGCUCUUGAGGACAUCCAUUUAUUUUUUCAUCUUUUCCAUCUAUAAUAUAUAGA